UUUCCUUCUUGCCUUCUACAUCCUCUUUGGACAUGAACCAACGAAAAGCCGAGUCCACGAAUGCUCACGUUGUUAACGAGGACAAUGACGACUGUGAUGCUCUUCACCGAUACCCAGAUUUUGACGGUCAUUUCUCCUUUGUCAGGUAGAUAUCUGCCUUGCCAUUCGAACAAUGCGUAGUUUGAUGAUUCCUAUCUGUAGGAAUUUCCGACUUGCAGAUAUGGUGACAAUAAUGAAUGGCGUUUGCGGAUCGCUUUCUAUAUUCUCAUCAGCAAGAUAUCUUGUUACAAAUGAUCCAGACUAUCUCUGGACUGCUCUUUGGUGUCCGUUAGCAGGCCUUAUAUUUGACUUCCUCGACGGGAAGGUUGCACGGUGGAGGAAGUCAAGCAGUAUGUUGGGGCAGGAGCUGGACAGCUUAGCGGACCUGAUUUCUUUCGGAGUUGCCCCUGCCCUUUUGGCGUUCGUCGUCGGGCUGCGAACAUAUCUCGACACCGCCAUCCUUACCGGCUUCAUAUGUUGUGGGCUCGCUCGUCUUGCUCGUUUCAAUGCGACUGUCGCACUUGUUCCAAAAGAUAACUCAGGCAAAGCUAAAUACUUUGAAGGCCUCCCUAUUCCCUCAUCCCUGGUUCUUGUGGGCACGCUGUCGUUCUGGGUCAAGAAAGGGUGGAUAGAAGGUCAAGAUGGGAUUCCCUAUGGAACAAUUACAUUAUGGGGUAGCGAAGGGGGUCGAGGCGAGCUGCAUAUGGUCAGCAUAAUUUUCGGGGCUUGGGCGGCAGCGAUGGUCAGCAAGACGCUACGUGUUCCCAAACUUUGACUGUAUACAGGACAAGGUUUUCUUAGCACAUUUCUUUGUGAAAAUUGGUAUACGAAUACCAUGUGUUCAGCGUCAUGUUGAGGCUUGGUUGAGCGACAAUUAGCUGCGAUUUGUUUGUU